AUGAUUGCUAUCAGCUCACUGUUUGAGAAUCCUGAUCCCGGCCAGGACCUUGUCUCUCUACGUCGAAAUCAUUGUUGCUAUCUCAAUCAAAACCAACGAGACGCGUUGGAGUGGUAUUCGCGCUCAGUAUCUGCCGUCCGCCGGGGAAUUGAACGUGGGACUGUAGACACCUUUGUCGGACUCAUUACAUGCGUCUUAUUUAUCUGCAUUGAGGCCAUGUUAGGAGGUAUGGAGGAGGCUCUACGUCUCUAUGGUCAAGGUGUGCAGCUUAUUCUCGCUUGCAGGGCCAUGACAGCAACCAAAACCUCCAUACUAAAGGAUACAAUUAUCCCGAUUUUCGUCCGAUUAGGAGCAGUCACUUCCAGCGCUGGCGUUCUAGUGAGCAAUCUGUUACGAGUGACUGAACUUACAUCCAGACCCGAUUUUGUCUCCCUCAAGUCUGCUCGGGAGGCCAUCGUUAUCCUCGCUAUAGAGAUCCCCCUGUUUGAAUUAGCUUGCGAAGAGUAUCUGAUAAAGUCGCACGCCUGCUGUAUAUCCCAAGAAAUGAUGGAUCAGCGAAGAACCCUGUCGGCUAGGCUACGGAGCUGGCGCACAGCAUUUGCUACCUUGAUGGCUCGUUGCACAAAAGACUCAUCGCAAGUCAGUACCGGCGCUCUUCUCCUCUCUUACCAUGAGAUGUUAUUCGUCAUGCUCGGGGUCUGCAUAUCGCCAUCACGGAUCACAACUGAUGAUUAUCUGCCAAAUUUCCAAACUAUAAUCGAACAAUCUAGCAUCGCAUUAAGUGGUUCAGCGCGGCAUGAUGGCACCCAAUCGCCAUUUACCUUUGAACUCAGCGUUGGUCUUCCGCUUUGGUUCACAUGUGUUAGGUGCCGCGAACCUACAAUUCGACGGACAGCACUCGCCCUUCUUCGUCAAGCACAUCAGGUGGAGGGGCUCUACAAGCGCGACAUUGGUGCCACGAUGGGCGAACGAAUCAUGACGUUAGAAGAAAUGCAUGGGACGGCAAUAAGCGCAGGUCAAAGCCCCUUCAGCUUGGACUUCAAACCUGGCGCAAGCCCAUACCCUACACUUACCGAGGAGAAAACCAGGACACCAGCACUGCUCGUCCCUGGCGAAGCACGCAUUAGACCCCUCGGUGCCUUUCGGCCACGAGACGGUUAUCCUCCUGGAACGACAGAGGAGGACAUGGCCAAGUUGAGCCGAAACCGUGACCAAACCUUUCUGCACUUUUCAUGGAACGAGCGCGAUCCGUCUAAUAACACCUGGCGGACGAUCUAUGGAUAUGCUCCUAUUGAGUUUGAAAUUGCCUAA